CACCGGAGACCGGAGUCCAGAGACCGGGAUAACACGGGCGGGAAGCCGCUGCGGGACGGCACGUGUGUGUUUGUGUGUGAGAGAGGGUGAGAGAGACAGUUAGUGUGUGUGACAGAGAGACAGGGAGAGAGAGAGAGAGAGAGAGAGAGAGAGAGAGAGAGGAGUCGUACAGUAGAGAAGGACCCAGCAGCCAGAGAACAACAGAUCGUCUGGUGUCCCUGCAUCCAGCAGUCAUGAUGCCCAUCACAGCCGUGUAUUUGAGCCUCCUCCUGCUGGCUCUCAGUGUGAUUGGACAGGAACUCCAAUCAGGCCCUCAUGGCUGCAUGGAUGGAAGCUGUUACCCAGCGACAGGAAACCUUCUGAUUGGACGGGCCGUCAACCUCACCGCCACCUCUACUUGCGGCCUGAACGGGCCGGAACCCUACUGCAUAGUCAGCCAUCUGCAGGAGUCAGACAAGUGCUUCGAGUGUAACUCCCAGCACCGCUAUGAGCUGCACCGCCACAGAAACAGCCACCUCAUCGAAAACGUCAUCUACCUCAUGGACCCCAACGGAAGCAACACCUGGUGGCAGUCUGUCAACGGACAGGAGAAUGUCAGCAUCAGACUGAACCUGGAGGCUGAAUUCCACUUCACACAUCUCAUCCUCAAGUUCAAGACUUUCCGACCUGCAGCCAUGAUCAUCGAGCGUUCGGCUGAUUUCGGACGCACGUGGCACCCCUACCGCUACUUUGCCUCAAACUGUACCAAGACCUUCCCUGGCGUCUCCGCCAACGGCCUGCACCACAUCAACGACAUCAUCUGUGAGGAGCGCUACUCCGACAUCGAACCCUCAACUAAGGGAGAGGUCAUUUAUAAGGUUUUGGAUCCCGCCAUUCAUGUGAAGGACCCCUACAGCUUGGACAUUCAAGAACUUCUGCGUAUCACCAACCUGCGUAUCAACUUCACCAAGCUGAACACUCUGGGAGACGACCUGCUGGACCGACGCUUCGACGUCCUGCAGAAAUAUUACUACGCCAUCUAUGAGCUGGUGGUCAGAGGGAGCUGCUUCUGUUACGGACACGCCUCAGAGUGCGCCCCGGUGCCGGGGGUGGACGCCCGGGAGAACGGCAUGAUCCACGGUCGCUGUGUAUGCAAACAUAACACAGAGGGCCUGAACUGUGAGCGCUGCCAACAUUUCAACCACGACCUGCCGUGGAGACCAGCGGAGGCAGAGAACCCACACACCUGCAGAGAGUGCACCUGUAACGGCCACUCCAACCAGUGUCACUUUGACAUGGCAGUGUAUUUGGCCACGGGCAACGUCAGCGGAGGAGUGUGUGACGACUGUCUGCACAACACCAUGGGACGCAACUGUGAGAUGUGCCAACCUUUCUACUACCAAGACCCCGUUAGGGACGUCAGGGACCCACAGGUCUGUGUCGCCUGUGACUGUGACCCAGUCGGAUCAUUGGAAGGAGGAGUGUGUGACAGUCACACCGACCUGGACAUGGGGAUGAUCACAGGACAGUGUCGCUGCAAAGCCAACGUCAAAGGCACGCGCUGCGACGACUGCAAGGAAGGUUAUUACGGACUGAGCCAGAACGACCCGCUGGGCUGUCAGCCUUGCAGCUGUGACCCUCGUGGCAUCAUCAUGAUGGGCGCUCCGUGUGACCAGAUCAGUGGUGACUGCUCCUGCAAAAGAUACGUCACCGGUCGCUACUGCGACCAGUGUCUGCCUGAAUACUGGGGGCUCAGUAACGACCUGGCCGGCUGCAGACCAUGUGACUGUGACUUCGGUGGAGCGUUCAACAACAGGUGCAUGAUGGAGAACGGCCAGUGUGACUGCAGGAGGCAUCUGAUUGGUCGACAGUGUUCAGAGGUGAAGCCUGGGUAUUUCUGUGCUCCGCUGGACUUCUACAAAUACGAGGCCGAAGACGCCACUGGACACUCCCCGGGUGACUCUGCACUGCCGGGCAAAGUUCGUCCUCAGGCAGAGACCGACUGUGUUCAGCACCUCAGCAACCAGCUGAGGAGGCACCGUCGUCACCGUCGCAUCACCAACUCGCAGCAGCAUCGGGCGGCGCUGAGACGUAUCCGCCAGCUUCAACAGACACCGGACGUGAGGAGCGUUCAUAGAGAGCACACUCCCAGCCACAUGGUGACGUGGACCGGACCCGGCUUCGCCCGCGUCAAAGACGGCGCCGGCCUGGUGUUCACCGUCGACAACAUCCCCUACGCCAUGGAGUACGACAUCAUGAUCCGCUACGAACCUGAGUCCACAGAGGACUGGGAGGCCAUAGUUAGUAUUACUUCUGUACUGCUGCCGUCCAGUCUGCGGUGUGGAAACCUCCUACCUACUGAACAGCUCUACACAGUGACUCUGCCGCACCGCAACAGGUACAUCCAGAUGCCCAGGCCGUUCUGUUUCGAGCCCAGUAAUCGGUACGUGGUUUCUAUCAGGUUCCAGCGCCACGGGGUCUCACACAGACACCUCACCGCCUUCAUUCUCAUCGACUCGCUGGUUCUGAUCCCCAAAUACACUGAGCUUCCUGGUUUCCAUGGUAACGAGCCCGAGGCAGAGCAGCGGCGGGAGGAGAUGAUCCGAUACAUGUGUCUGGAUUCCUUUAUGAUCACACCGAUGCCCGUCCUGGCCGACAUGUGUUCCAAACUCAUCUGUAGUAUUUCCUCCAUCGUUCAUGACGGCGCUCUGCCGUGUCAGUGUGACCCUCAGGGCUCCCUCAGUGGAGAGUGUGAUAAGGUGGGAGGUCGGUGUCGUUGUAAACCCCACGUGAUGGGUCGACGCUGUGACCAGUGUGAACCAGGAACCUACGGCUUUGGAGUGAACGGCUGCACUGCCUGCGACUGCCACUCAGAGGGCUCGUUGAGCCACCAGUGUGACCCGGUUACAGGCCAGUGCCAGUGCAAACAGGGAGCCAGUGGGCGUCAGUGCUCAGACUGCCAGCCGGGCCAGUGGGGCUUCCCCAGCUGCAGCCCCUGUCAGUGUAACGGCCACGCAGACAUCUGCGACCCCCGCACCGGCGAGUGUAGAGAAUGCAGGGAUUACACAGUGGGACACUUCUGUGAACGUUGUGUGGAUGGGUUCUUUGGGAACCCGGUGCUCGGUUCAGGGGAGCACUGUCGGCCCUGCCCCUGCCCCGGUAACCCCGGCUCAGACCACUUUAACGGCCUCUCCUGUCAAGCUGACCGCACCUCCAACCAGAUCAUCUGUGACUGCAGGCAAGGUUACACUGGGCCCCGCUGUGACCAGUGUGCCCCUGGUUACUACGGCAACCCAGAGCAACCCGGCGGACAGUGCCUCCCGUGUAAGUGCAACGACAACAUCGACACCCAGGACCCCAAGUCAUGUGACCCUGGGACCGGCCAAUGCCUCAAGUGCCUGUACCACACCGACGGUCCGUCCUGUGGCCACUGUCAACACGGUUACUAUGGCAACGCUGUGGCCCACGACUGCAGACUCUGUACCUGUGUGACUGCCGGCACCCUCCAGUCUGCCUGCACUGAUGGACAGUGUCACUGUGACCGGCAGACCGGAGCCUGCUCCUGCAGAGAGAACGUGGCCGGCCAUAACUGUGACCAGUGUGCCCCUAACCACUGGAACUACGGUCAGGACCGAGGCUGUGAGCUCUGUGGCUGCGACCCGCAUCACGCCCUGGGGAGUCACUGCAACAUGUUCACAGGCCAGUGCCACUGUCAACCAGGCUUUGGAGGUAAACAGUGCACCGAGUGUGAGCAGUUCCACUGGGGAGACCCGCGGGUGCACUGUCAAGAGUGUAACUGCCAUCCUCGGGGCUCAGAGAUGGCCCAGUGCGACCGAUCUACGGGGGUGUGCGAGUGCAGGGAGGGAGCAGCGGGGAAGCGCUGUGAUGAAUGUGCUCGCGGCUUCACUGGCGUCUUCCCCGAGUGUGUCCAGUGUCACCCGUGCUUCCAGCUGUGGGACGACGCGGUGUGCCAGAUUAAAAGGGACCUGGAACACGUCCAGUACACCACACAGAAGAUCCUGGAGAGCGGGGUCACGCCGGGGGUCGGGGACACGCGCAUCAAAGAGCUGGAGAGGAAGCUGAAACGAGUGCAGGAUCUGAUCAGAGCGGAGGACAGCGACAGGGUCCACCAGCUGAUUGGACAGAGCAUCGAUGACCUCAGGGCUGAGAUCGCCCUGACCGACGGGCGUCUGAUGGGCGUCGCCCGAGAGCUCAAUACAACAGCAGAAGAAGAAGGGUCACUGAGACGCACACUGAGUGGUCUAGAGAGAGAGCUGAGGGACAUCAACGCCACCGUGGCUCUCAAACGCCGCCUGCUGGAGGACUACCUCACCUCAGGAUUUACAGAUCAGUUUGAGAAGGUGAAGAAGUACUAUGGGGAGUCAGUGAAGGCUGAGGAGAGAUGCAACGCAUCAGUGUCCGGUCCUCUCAGUCCUGUAGAACGGUCCAAAGAAACCCGCGCUGUCACCGAAGACCUGCUGGACGCCAGUAAAGACCAGUUCCUCCGUACUCUGGCCGCUCAGAACAAAUCACUAAACGAGCUGCAGCACAAAGCCCACGACCUGGAUAAGAAGGUCCAUCACCUCAGUCACAAGGUGUGCGGGGGUCAUAGCAAUGCCAACGUCAAUGGCAGUUGCUCAGACGGCCGAUGCGGUAGUGCCGGUUGCCGUGACCAUCAGGGCAACAGUAUAUGUGGAGGAGAGGGAUGCAACGGGACAGUGAGCACUUCUGUAGCAGCACUGAAUCAUGCCAGGAACGCCACUGACGGUCUGAACGCUGCCAACGAAGAGCUGCAGGGCGUGGCCAGAAAGCUCCAGGAUAUCGCCUCUCUGACACAGAAUGUGAAGAACCAGGCGAUGAACACGCUGGUGAAAGCGCAGAAGAAGAAGGAGCACUUUGAAAACAACAACAAGAAACUGAAAGAUUUCAUUAAGAAGAUCAGAGACUUCCUCACAGAGGAGGGAGCAGAUCCAGAGAGCAUAGAGAAGGUGGCUCUGCAGGUGUUGUCCAUCAGGCUGCCGGUCAACAGGACCGCUCUGGACAAAAUGGUCAUGCAGAUAAAGGACGGCCUUUCCAACCUCACCAACGUCGAGGGCAUCGUCAACCAAACCUCGCAGCACAUCAGCAAAGCCAAGGAGCUGCUGGACAAGGCUAAAGAGGCCAAGAGCCGAGCAGAGGGAGUGAAGGAUGCAGCCAAUAACACCAGGCAGGCGUUGGAUGUGUCUGAGAAGGCCAUAGAAGAAGCCAGAGCAGCCCUGGAGGAGGCCCACAACAACCUGAACAGCACCAGGAACGCUACAGUUCAGGUGGAUGAGAGGCUGACGCAGCUGGAGGAUAAGCAGCUGGAUGUCAUGAUGCGUUUAAACAACCUCUCCAUGGAGGUGGAGGCUCUGAGGAACAAGACGGAGCAGAACAGACAGAUGGCCAAGGACGCCAAAGCUCUGGCUAACAACGCCACGCAGCUAGCAUCCUCACUGGAGCAGAGCCUCAACCACACAGAGAAACGGUACCGGGAGCUGCAGAUGAAGGUGGACUCUCUAGGUGGGGAGUCUGGAGGUCUGAACAGCAUCAACCAGAAGGCAAAGGACAUGAAGAAGGAGGCUGAAGACCUCUUGAGCAAAGCCAGCAAGGGGAUCGAACAACUCAGGAAACUGGAGAAAAAGUUCAGGAGUAACGAGCAGCGGAUGCAGAAGCAGCGCAUGGAGCUGGACGAGCUGAAGGAGAACGCCACCGUGGUGCGGGACGAGAUCCGGGAACAAGUGCAGAAGUACAGCAACUGUGUGUGAGGAGGUUCCACCAGAGCAGAGUUCCACUGGUACUGGUGCUGUGACCGGGAUGCUCUGCUGUUCUUUCACUGCUGCAUCACCUUUUACACACAUUACCUGUCAAGUGUUUCAUGUUCUGUCCUCAGUGGACGUAUCAACACUGUCCUGUGUGCUGUCUGAGCUAUUACAACAGAUGGAUGACCUGUGGACAGCAUUUGUUUCACUGUAUAGACAUUUGAUUUCAUAAAUAAUAAACAGAAGAAAUAUAUCAGAAAAUGUUAUCAGAAAUUUGUUAUUUUGACCAAAAGAGCUUUUAAUAUUUAGUGUGUUUUUGCUGUAAUUGGACCACGUCAGUAUGAUAUUUACAACAUGAAGAGAGAUGUGGAAACAUUAAAUGAUGUGUUUAUUUUUAUUACAAAAGAAACUCUUGAUUAAAUACAUAUAAAAGCAUA